AAUAAAUUUGAUAUUUUCCAACACUGAACUCAGAUCAAAACAAAAAUAGUGAUAGAAUAAAUUACAAUUGUCGUGGAAUGCAAAAACGUGCCGUCAUAACAUAGCAUAUAUUUAAAUUUUCUGUGAAUUUCACAGUUUACUGUUCAAUAACACAAUUUGUAAAAAUGAAUGAUACUUCUCACAGAAUAAAAAAUUCCGACUAUACAGUUUAUGCAUCAGCUGCUUGCAAUCCCACUCCCCAUUGCGCCGAUUGGGGUGAUAACGGACUGAUUGUUUUCGGCGCACACUUUUCUGUGGCGGUAGUUGAUCCUAACUAUAACGGUUCUGCCAAGCAUAUUGCUACUUAUAAAGGCCAUGAAGCACGUGUCAAUACAGUGCAUUGGUUGCGCUUGCCGACCGCUGAGCCUGAAACAUACUUUAUAUCUGGUGCCGAUGAUUGCAAAGCUUUUGUAUGGGGAUUUGCUAAAGAGACAGGUGAUGUGCGUUUUGAACCACUUUAUCAUGAUGGCCCCGUCACAGAUAUUGCAAGUCUCUACUUGGAACACAAUAAAUGGUUAAUUGCUACAGCUGCUGAGCAGACUAUAGCACUGUGGAGCUUUAACACUUUAAAUACUGAAUUAGUGCAAAAAAUUAGUAAUAACAAUAGUUACAUACUCGGGCUUAGUUUAUUUCGUAUGCCAAAGAGUGAGCAGUUUCUUUUAGCUUAUGGAAAUGAUAAAGGCAACAUUUAUAUUUGGGCACAAAAUAAGCCACUUAAAGUUAGUAGCGCUGAGCCGGAUGCACAACCAUUUCGUAUGGUACAUCAUAUGACCGGCCACGAGGAUUGGGUGCGAGCGCUUGAUGUUAUCGAAGAUGACGAUGAUAUUUUAUUGGCAAGCGCUGCUCAAGACAAUUUCAUACGGCUGUGGCGCAUUUCAAAACGCACCGAGGAGCAAGCAUUCGAAAAUAAGGUUAAUAUUUGUAAUAUAAUCGAAGAAGAUGCUACUGAAAUACGAGUCGAGGAAAAAAUUAUACAUUUAAGUGAAAACAACUGGUGUGCGAUUAGCUUGGAGUCAGUACUCUACGGACAUGAAGGUUGGGUGUAUGGCGUGAAUUGGCACAGAUCUAAGGAACACGGUGUACGUUUGCUUUCUGUUUCAAUCGAUAAGUCCAUAAUAAUUUGGGCACCUAGUGAAGACGGCGUGUGGAUGGAACAGGUGCGUGUAGGUGAAGUAGGUGGUAAUUUGUUGGGCUUUUAUGGUGGAAAAUUCUCCAGUGAUGGCAAAUCCAUAUUUGGACACAGCUAUCAGGGUGGCUUCCAUAUUUGGCAUCAAACGGUGGAUAAUGAAAACCUUUGGUCACCCGGUGUCAUAAUAGGUGGACAUUUCGAUGAAGUACGUGAUUUGGCUUGGGCGCCAAAUGGGGAAUACUUAUUGAGUGUGUCGGCCGAUCAGACUACACGCAUACAUGCACCAUGGCGACGUUCCAAUGACGAAAGCGAUGACAUGGUGACUUGGCAUGAAUUAGCACGUCCACAGGUGCACGGCUAUGAUAUGCAGACUAUUGCAAUACUAUCACGUUACAAGUUUGCCAGUGGAGCCGAAGAGAAAAUUGUGCGCACAUUCCAGGCGUCGGCCAAUUACAUUGAAAACUUCAGACGCAUUACCGGUGCUCAAGAUGAUGCUGAGGGUGAAGAUUUAUUACAAACUUUACCCAAGGGCGCUUCUGUACCUUCACUGGGUCUAUCAAAUAAGGCAGUGUACAGUGCUGACAUAGACUCGGUGCCAAAGGAAAAGCACAUUAAGGACGAAUACCCUGAAAAUUAUUUUAUACCGGUUACGCUUGACUCGCCGCCACAAGAAGAGACACUUAUGCAAAAUACGCUUUGGCCGGAAAUGCAAAAACUUUACGGUCAUGGCUUCGAUAUUUAUGCACUCACCGCUUCACCAGACGGCAAAGUGCUGGCUUCCGCAUGUCGAGCCACAAACGAGGAGCAUGCGCAGAUAAUACUUUGGGACACCACAACUUGGAAGCAAAUUGGAAAACUUGCCGCGCAUAAACUUACAGUAACUCAGAUGCGCUUCUCACCAAAUAGUAGGCUAUUGCUCUCUGUCUCACGUGAUCGCACAUGGGCACUUUUUGAACGUGAUGAAGAUGUAACCACCACCAAUAAUCUACCAACUUAUCGGCUCAAACAAAAAUCGGCAGCUAAAAUGUCGGUGCAUAAUCGUAUUAUUUGGACAUGUGAUUGGUCGCAUGAUGGAAAAUAUUUUUUGACUGGUGGUCGUGAUGCCGUACUAGGUGUGUGGGCACAAGUUAAUGGUGAUAAAUGGGACAUAGGGCUCAAGGAAACAUAUGAAAAUCCCGUGACUGCACUUGCUUUUGCACCGAAACUGGUAAAGUCUGGGUUAUAUCAGAUUGCCAUAGGUUUUUCGAAUGGUGAUAUAGCGCUGCAACAGUUGGUAGAAAAUGAAAAACAGUUAAAAGCCGUUGACGAGAGCAAAAUUACUUUUGAAAAGGCGCAUGACUCUGCAGUGAAGCGUUUGCAGUUUCAGCCAUUGCGUGAUGGUUAUAAGUGCACGUCCGACCAUUUUCUACUAGCCAGUUGUGGGGACGAUCAUUUCGUUAGAAUAUUUAAAUGCCCGCAUUCAUUUAAGAACAAAGAAGCGUGAAUAUAUUAAAUAUAACUGUAUAUAUUAAUAUCGAAAAUAAUGAAUACAAAAACAAACAAUUUUUUAUUGAUUUAAUUAAUAUCUUUUUAAUGUCAGUAAAUUACGAAAAUAAGUUGAUAUGUAUAUAGAAACAUCAGAUGCGAAAUUUAAUAAACGUGUACGAAUCUCUUGGUUGUGUGAAUAGAUUCAUGUGCAGGCAACAUUUCCGAAACAAA